CUGACCCACUGACAUGUGACUGAAUGUAGAAAACGCCGAUAUUAUUUUCCUUGCCCUAGCCGGACGAGAGAGUUUCAGAGAUUUGAGUUUAAACUUGCUUGUUUAAGAGUUAAAUUUGUGCCGUCUUCGAACGAGGCUUCCAUCGCUAACUAUGGCUAAACCAGAAUUUUCUAGUACUCUGAAAAGCUUGAAGUUCAUGCAAAGGGCGGCUCAAAGAGAAGAGGUGAUUAAAAAAGUAGAGGUCAAACCUGCCGGAAAUUUUACUUCCCCUGGUCCCGUUACUAGGAAGUGUGUGGUAAUAAUGGAAGGUGACCCCCAUCCAGGAGCAACAAAAGGUCGUAUGUCUUUUAGAAGUUUCAACCCGUCUAUUGAUAAAUUAAACGAGGAAGCAACACAAGUUAGUCAGCCAGUACCCCUUGCCACUUCUUCUGGAACUGAAAAUGGAAAAGAAUCAUAUAGAGAAAAUGAACCUCCAAUGGAAGAAGGAGAGUGCUCAGAUCUUGAUAAACCAAAGAGUGAUGCUAAUGGAAACUAUAAAAGAAAACAGCCAGGAGUGACCGAUUCUCAAUAUCCAAACAAAUCUCCCAAAAGUGAUCAAGGUGAUCAACAGUCACCAUCAAGUAAAAGAAAAGAUGCUUUCAAGAAACCAAAGGGUGGAAAGCUUGAUUGGAGUGUCCUUAGACGAUCAAGGAGUUAACAAGGAUAGGCAGUGGCAAUGAUAUGAACUCAGUCAUUGCAUCCAUAGUUGAUAGUCACUUCCAAUCAUUUGUGCCUGUAAACUAGUUAUCAUUGUAUAUUUAUCCUAAUUUUCUCAACCAGUUAGUCAAAUUCGUCUUUUUAAAUUGUUAAGGGAGAUCUAUCUCCUCCAACCAAGCACUACCAUACCAGGGAAUUGGAAGAAUUCAUUCACUGGAAGCCAUACUUUUAAUUUAUAUAGGCUUUUCUAGGCCUUUGAACCGAGUUUUAAAAUCUGUUCGUAGUGAAGUUUUUUAGUGGGUGUUUA